CAGCAUCUUCCUCGGGCGGGUUUUUCUCCCUCCGCUGCCGCACAAGAACAACCACCAUGACGUUCAGGAGGCUGAAGAAGGUGAACUCCAGCGGGCCGGUGGACUCCGGCCCCGCGUCCCAGGACCACGACAUUUAUUUCCCUUCGUCCAAGUCGGACAGCUGCAGGACGAUGGAGCUGACCUCCAGCUCCUCCGAGGUCUACAGCUACAAAACCCUGGCUUACUCUGGAGGGACGCUGCCCAGGAACUUCAAGAAGGGUGCCAGCCUACAGAAGUGGAAACCCCUCAUUCAAACACCAGAACCACAAAGGAAGGUGGUGGUGCUGGAGAAAAAAGAGGAUGAGACGUUUGGAUUUGAGAUCCAGACUUACGGCCUCCACCAUCAGGACCAGAACUCGGUGGAGAUGUGCACGUUCGUCUGCAAGGUGCACAACGACAGCCCGGCCCAGCAGGCCGGACUCAAAGUCGGGGACACCAUCUCGAGUGUGAACGAGGCCACCGUGGAGGGAUUCCGACACAAGGAGAUCGUUCAGCUCAUCAGGGCCUGUGGCAACACACUCAGGCUGGAGACGGUUUACAGUGACUCGAUCCGAAAAGCUGAGCUGGAGGCCCGACUGCAGUAUCUGAAGCAAACUCUGCAUGAGAAGUGGGAUGAAUAUCGCUCGCUGAUGGUGCAGGAGCAGCGGCUCGUUCACGGCAUCGUGCUGAGCGACGCCGCCGUGUACGAGUCCCUGGAGUCGGCCGGCGUGUACGGCAGCCUCGGCGUUCCCAGCCCGGCGGCGCAGAGAGCGCUCCGCUGCACCGGCAGCACCAGCAGCAGCGCCAGCUUCCUCAGCACGGCCACCGAGGACGACCCCCUGUACCAGACGUGCCUGUACCAGGCGGACGGCAGCGGCGCCGACUCGGACAGCGCCGACAAGAAGAAGGAGCAGCAUCAGCAGAGGCAGAACCGCCUGCGGCCGGCCAGCGAGCUCUUCACCAGCGCCAAGACGCAGCUGACCCGCAGCGCCAGCACGCGCAGCUACAUGAGGGGGUCGGCGCCGGCGCCGCCCGGCCCGGGGGACAAGCAGGGGGGGUUCGGCUCGCUGCAGAGGAAACAGAAACCCAAAAGCUUCCGCAGGCGCCUCCUCAAAUUCAUCCCGGGCCUGAACCGGCCGCUGGAGGAGGAGGAGAGCAAACUGUGAACGGCCGACGGACCUGAAGCCCAGAAAGACCCGAGACCCAAACUGGAACUGCCAAAGAAAAAAAACUAACUGUCCAAAGAGUGAAGAACAAUGCCUGAUCGCACCUCUCCGUGGCUGAGCGGGCGGACCAACGAACAUCUGACUGCAAGGAGUGUUCCACAGCCGGACGUUACUGUUGUUUUGACGUUUAAAUUAUUUAUUUAUUUUGUUUAUGUACAGAAUGAAGGACUUCAACUUUUUUCCUCUGCAUGCGUGACUUUAACUUCGACGGUUGAAUAAAUGACCCAUGUAAAAUGAGCAACACAACAUUUUGAUACGGACUUUUGAGUCUUCACAGCCGACCUUGAUUUAUAUUUUUUUUUUCCACACAAAGUUCAUGGCUCCUAAAAAUAAAAUAUGUGUCGUUUUCGGAUUACA